AGCUCAGCCUCCUCGACAGCUAUCAAUAGGCAUCCCCAUACCCCCUCAAUACCACAACCCCGUCUCCAAACCCGCCCGCGCAUGAGCGAGAUCCCAUGCUCGCUACGCAUCACAGCUAGAACCGCCGUUCGUACAGCUUUCUUCCCUGGGGAACGGUAAUAGCAUCACCCCCAGGCACUACCUCGCCCACCAUGCCAGGGUUCCACUUCAACGUCUUCCACAUCCUCGGCGACGUGUCCCACACGACGUCGAAGCUUGUGUUAAUAUGGGCGAUUCACUCCAACAGCAGCGCUGAAGGCGUCUCACUCAUCACGCAAGUCCUCUACGCCACCGUCUUCCUCACCAGAUACCUCGACAUCUUCCACGUCCCCGCCACAGGCGACUGGAACCAUGUCUGGAACUUCACCCUCAAGAUCUUCUACACCCUCUCCUCGCUCUACAUCAUCUUCCUCAUGACGCGCGUCUACGCCCGGACGCGCGAACGAGAAAAGGCGUGGAAAUUCGGCGUCUAUUGCUUCCUCGGCGCCCUCAUCCUCGCUCCCAUCUGGUUCGGGAUCUUCCACAAAUUCAUCCUGGGGACGAACUGGUUCAUCAAGCUCACCUGGACCUUCUCCGAAAUCCUCGAAGCCACCGCCGUCAUCCCCCAACUACUCCUCCUGCGCCAAACCACCGUCCCGACCGUGCUCGACUCCUUCUACCUCGUGACGCUCGGCGCCUACCGCCUCUUCUACGUGCUGAACUGGAUCGUGCGCGGCGCCACGGGCGACUACCGCACGCCCGACCCCACGUCGUGGACGUUCGGCACCCUGCAAACCGCGCUGAUGGUCGAUUUUGCGUGGGUGUAUCUGACGCGCCAGCGGGUUAAGCUGCGGCAUGGCGGCGUCGUGGAUAGCGAGGACUUGGACCAGGGGUGGUUGAUAAGGCGGCUCGUGGGGCGGAAGAGUGGGGAUGGGUUUGAUGAGGAGGAGGGCGCGGAUGGGCCGCGCGAUGGGCAGGUGGGGGGGCAUGGGGCGGCGCCGGCGGCGGCGAAGUCGUGGGGGAGGAGGGGAAUUAGUGUGAGUGCGGAUGAAGGGGUGUUGGAGGGGGAGAGGCAGAGGCCGAAGCCGAAGAGUACGGAUCCCGAGGCGCAGCCGUUGGCGGAUCCGGAUGCGUUUGAGGAGGAUAGUGAUAGGGAGGAGGAUUUGCAUGCGAGUGGGGUCAGCGGGGUCAGUGGGGGGGAUGAAUGGAGGGAUGAGGAGGAGAGGAGAUGAGCGAGUGGGGUUGAGUUGAGAUAGGGGUUUAGCAGUAUUGGCGAUGAUUUUGACAGAGUGUAGGCUAGGUGUAACAUGAAUCGAUGUCGCGAAGUUCCCAUCUGGCUUCCCCUUAUUGGUAGUCCAACCAAGCUAUC